UUAGCGUGGCAGCCAAUGGCGGCCGCGUGCCAGAACGGCGCCUCAACCAUCUGCCGCGCGAAGCCGGAUGCGGCGCAGUUUGCGUCCGAGCACGUGACCCUACGCUUCGAGAGGGAAGUCAUCCGCGCGCGCCUCCACACACCCCUCAUUCAUUCUCGGACCGUUGCUCAGUUCACUCGUGCUGCCGACUCGUGCGUACACCUUUCAAUAACCAUGGCCUUCAUGAUGCCCGUUGUGAAGAAUGACUACAUGAUCUACCAGCAGAACGGCGGUAGCUCCAAGUCCCGGCGCAGUUCAUCGUGCAGUAUGAGCAGCCGUGCUUCCCGUGGUGCCGCAUCGGGCCAGACCAGUCUAUCCUGCUCGCCGGGCAGCGACGUCGAGGAGCGGUUACGUGCCGUUGAGUCUGAGCGGGGCACCCGCAGGACUUCGCGUAUCAUGGACGUGCCCGUGGCACCGAGAUCGGCCUCGCAGUCUUCCCUUUACAAGAAGUUCCACAGCAGGGUCGUGGACAAACUGAGGAAGACCCUGCGUUCUAAAGACGACUCCGUCGUCAGCACCGAGGACACGUCUGUUGUGCAGAAGAACAGCCUGGCGUCCUCGUGAUGUUGGCUUUUCCCAUCCUAGCCGUUCCACUGCACCCAUAGACUUGUGACUGUACCGCGGCGCCCGUUAGCACCUUUCGUUACGCGCGAACAUUCUUUUUCGUGGGACCACCGCCUGGUGCUCUCGCGCGGCACCGCGUUCCUUCGGUUCAUAAGCCGCUGUGUACAUAUGUAGAGAGCUUUGGAUUUCACGUGCCCUGCGGCGCAGGUAAGGGAGCAUGCCAAGCAAGAGGCCACUGUGAUGUAUGCUCGCCCGUGGCUCUAACCCAACGGUGCUUGCCUGCUGUCAAACAUCUCUGUCUGCGCUGCAUUCGUCCGGCCGGCCCAACGCGAUCCGAAACACCGCCGCGCCAAUGGUGCUGCUCAUUCCGCGGGCCUUCAGUUAUCAUUAUAUAACGAACGCCGAAAAUGCAAUUGUGUGUAUAUACCGUAUCAUGUAUGUGCCGUAAUCGCGAACUAUCUGACAUUUGUGCUGCCGAUCAACUGCACGAAGAACGCAAGAGAAGUUUCAAUAAACGGCGCGGUAGAUCCUCAGCCCCGUUUCAGGGCGAGUCUACCGGCCUUACCGAGAA